AUGACUUCUCAAAUACGCCAGAACUACCAGGCAGAGUGUGAAGCUGCUGUGAACAGACUCAUUAACUUGGAACUCUAUGCUAGCUAUGUGUACUUGUCUAUGUCCUACCACUUUGACCGUGAUGAUGUAGCCUUGUGCCAUGUAGCUAAGUUCCUUAAGGACCAAUCCCAGGAAGAGACAGAGCAUGCUGAGAAAUUCAUGAAAUAUCAGAACAAGAGAGGAGGUCAUGUUCUGCUCAAGGACAUCAAGAAGCCAGAAAAGGAUGGUUGGGGCAAUGCACUAGAUGCCCUCCAGAGUGCCCUGGCACUGGAGAAGGAGGUCAACCAGGCCCUACUGGAUCUGCACAAGCUGGCAACUGAGAAGGGAGACCCUCAUCUGUGUGAUUUCCUGGAGUCUGAAUUCCUGGAGGAGCAAGUAAAGGCCAUCAAGCAGCUGGGAGACCACCUUACCAACCUGAAACGUUUGGGCCUGCCCCAGAAUGGCUUGGGAGAGUACUUGUUUGACAGACUGACAUUGAAGAAAAGCAGUUGAAUUCUCACAUCUUUGGUAGCUGAAGUAGUCCUUGUUCUGAAAGGAAACAAAUA